AUGUCAAAUCAGAAAAGAGGAGUAUAUGAAGAAGGAACGCAAGACACAAGUUUCCGUCGAACAUGGGAUAAAGAAGAAUUUAAACGUAGGGCUCGUGAAAGAUCGCGAAUAGAACGUGAAAAAGAGGAGGAAGAAGAUCGUAAACGUAAAGGUUUAAAACCCAAGAAUAUUGAUAGUUCUGAAGCUGAACCUGCACGAGAGCUAUUAAGAGCUCGUACGGAGAAAGUUGUUUUAGAUGCGAACUUGAAUAAAGUUCAGGUAGUGCAAUCUACAAAUAUCGCUUCAAAACAACCUGAUCAACGAGCUCUUGGUAUGUCUAUGAAAGUUGAAAGAAGCACAUUAGAUCAAGUCAAGAAUAGAUUAGAAAAUUUGAAAAAGAAGCAAGAACCACAAGAAUACGAUCUCGACGCACGAGUUGAACAAUUACAAAAACAAGAGGAAGAAGAAAAGAGGCGAAGGAAAGAACGUAAAAAAGCCAAGAAAAGAGGUGAAUCAAGUCAAAAUACUGUCAAGGAGGAAGAUAGUCCGGAAAAUGAAGUCAAUCCCGAGAUGGCAAAGUUUAUGGGAUUUGUUGGUUUUGGCUCUACAAAAUCUUGA